UUCUCUGUGGGUUCUUUCCUGCCGAGGACAAUUCUCUUCCUGUCCCAGGCUGAGAUUGGGGGGCUGAGCCCAGGGCCUCAGUGGUCUGUGCCCCAGCUUCAUGAAGGAAUGUCCUUGCCACCCCCAGGCCAGCCCAGGGGGCUCAGGGUCAGGGCGGCAGUCUGGGGUCAGGAGGUCAUGGGGUCCCGGGCUGAGCUGUGCACUCUCCUAAGCGGCCUCUCACUCCUCCUCCUGAUGUCCGGCCACGGGUCCAAGGGUGGAUCCCCCAGAGAGAGUCAGGGGGUCUGCUCCCAGCAGACGCUGCUGGUCCCGCUCCGUUACAACGAGUCCUACAGCCAACCCGUGUACAAGCCCUACCUGACCCUGUGCCCGGGCAGGCGCAUCUGCAGCACCUACAGGACCACAUACCGCGUGGCGUGGCGGGAGGUGCGGCGGGAGGUGCGGCAGACGCACGCCGUGUGCUGCCAGGGAUGGAAGAAGCGGCACCCGGGGGCGCUCACCUGUGAGGAAGCCAUCUGCGCUAAGCCCUGCCUCCACGGAGGCGCCUGCCUGCGGCCGGACCGGUGCGAGUGCGCCCCCGGCUGGGGGGGGAAGCACUGCCACGUGGACGUGGAUGAGUGCAGGGCCAGCGCCGCCCUCUGCUCGCACCGGUGCCUGAACACGGCCGGCAGCUUCACCUGCGGCUGCCCCCGCGGCCUGGUGCUGGGCCCGGACGGGCGCACCUGCCUGGAGGGGUCCCCGGAGCCCCCGACCGGCUCCCCAGCUCCCCGACAGCCCCCUUCACGCCCCGACUGGCGGCCUCGCUGGCUGGGGGAGCGCCAGUCUCCCCAGGACUCACACCGCUCCGCUGGGGCGGCCACAGACCCAGGUCUGCCUUCUCCUGCCAUUGACCAGGCUCCUGUGAGGACAACAGCCUGA